UGCGGAAAGUCCCAGCCAGGUGUAUGGGUCUAUAGGGAGGGGGGUGGCCCCACCCCUGAGGUAUGAAAGCCCCCCUGCCCUGGUCCUGGUUCAGAGUCUGGAUGGGAGCACUGGGGCUGCAGGGCCGGGGUGGGAGGCCCCAGGGGAGGGGCUGCCUCCUGCUGGCUGUGGCAGGAGCCACUUCGCUGGUGACCCUGCUGCUGGCAGUGCCUAUCACUGUCCUGGCUGUGCUGGCUUUGGUGCCCCUGGAGCAGGGAGAAUUGAUACCCUCUUCCUCCAGGAAUCCAUUCCUGCGCCCUGGAGCCCUGUCCUCUCGUGGGAAGCAUCCAUGGGUGGCCACUCUGCCCCCAGUUGUGGACUCUUCACCAGUUCCAGGGUUUCAGCAGCUGCAGGAAGAAAAGCCAGAAAAGGAUCUCAGGUCCAGGCUCCCCGCUGCCCAUCUUAUUGGCGCCUGGAUGAAGGGACAGGGGCUAGGCUGGGAGGCGAAGAAAGAAGAAGCGUUUCUAAGGAGCGGGACGCAGUUCUCUGGAGCGGAGGGGCUGGCCCUCCCUCAGGACGGCCUCUAUUACCUCUACUGUAACGUCGGCUACCGGGGUCGAGCGCCACCUGCCGGCGGGGGCCCUCAGGGUCGCUCCGUCACGCUGCGCAGCUCGCUGUAUCGGGCUGGUGGCGCCUACGGUCGGGGCGCGCCCGAGCUACUGCUGGAGGGCGCCGAAACCGUGACUCCGGUAGUGGACCGUGCUGGGAGGCCAGAGUACAGGCCCCUCUGGUACACGAGCGUGGGGUUCGGCGGCCUGGUGCAGCUUCGGAGGGGCGAGAGGGUGUACGUCAACAUCAGUCACCCCGAUAUGGUGGACUAUAGGAGAGGGAAGACCUUCUUUGGGGCGGUGAUGGUAGGGUUAGAGCCCGUUGCGUCCCUAGGAAAAUGUCUGCAUGGUGCAAACGUGUGAAUCAGCCCAGGGAUUGGGGACCCAGAUGCCCGAGAUCCCAAGGCAGUAAGAAAAAUGUGGGAGACUGUUUAGAAACUGAUUUUGAACCCGAUGAAAAUAAAAACUGUAAAGCUUUAGUGCCGCCAGU